AUGUCUGAAGCAUCCCGUUGGCGAGUCGGCGGACCUCCACAUAAUCUGCAUUACAGAAAGGAAGAAGAAAUUAGAACUACACUUCGGGAAUUAUUACUCUACUUAAUUUUUUUAAUAAAUUUAUGCAUAUUAACUUUUGGAAUGGUAAAUCCACAUAUGUAUUACUUAAACAAAGUUAUGUCAUCUUUGUUUUUGGACACUUCUGUGCCUGGUGAAGAAAGAACCAGCUUUAAGUCUAUUCGCAGCAUAACUGAUUUUUGGAAGUUUAUGGAAGGACCCCUUUUGGAAGGUCUGUACUGGGAUGCAUGGUACAAUAACCAGAAGUUGUACGACUUAAAGAACAGCAGUCGUAUCUACUAUGAAAACAUACUUUUAGGAGUCCCCAGAGUACGUCAACUAAAAGUCCGCAACAACACAUGCUUGGUCUACCCAUCCUUUCGGUCUUUGAUGAAUGAAUGUUAUGACAGAUACACUUCUUAUAAUGAAGACAUAACUGAAUUUGGCCUUAAACUUGAUCCAGAAUGGAAGUACUCUGCUCCUAGUACCAACUCCCCUUGGCACUGGGGAUUUGUUGGUGUUUACAGAAGUGGGGGAUUUAUUUUCACUUUAUCAAAAUCAAAAUCUGAAACCAGAAAUAAGUUUGGCCACCUUCGAACGAAUAGCUGGAUCACAAGAGGAACUCGAGUUAUUUUUAUUGAUUUUUCUUUAUACAAUGCUAACAUUAAUCUGUUCUGUAUCGUAAGAUUGGUGGCAGAAUUUCCUGUAACUGGAGGAAUACUUACUUCAUGGCAGUUCUACUCUGUGAAGCUCCUCAAGUAUGUCAGCUACUACGAUUAUUUUAUUGCUUCCUGUGAAAUCAUAUUUUGUAUCUUUUUCAUUGUCUUCACAAUAGAAGAAAUUAAAAAAUUAAAAGAAUUUAAGUGGGCCUAUUUCAGAAGUAUUUGGAACUGGCUAGAAUUACUACUUUUGGUGUUGUGUUCCAUGACCAUAAUCUUCAAUUUAUACUGUAUUAUACAAAUUUUUCUCUUACUUGAUCUGUUGUUACAAAAUACAGAAAAAUAUUCAGACUUUUAUUUUCUUGCAUACUGGCACAUCCACUACAACAAUGCCAUCGCUAUUACCAUCUUCUUUGCAUGGAUAAAGAUAUUCAAGUUCAUAAACUUUAAUGAAACAAUGUCUCAGCUGUCAUCAACCUUGUCCCGAUGCAUCAAAGAUAUAGUAGGAUUUGCCAUCAUGUUUUUUAUAAUAUUCUUUGCUUAUGCUCUAUUAGGAUUUCUUGUUUUUGGAUCACAGGUUGAUGACUUUUCCACCUUUCAAAAUUCCAUAUUUGCACAAUUUCGAAUUGUCCUCGGAGAUUUUAAUUUUGCUGGCAUUCAGCAAGCCAACCAUGUCUUGGGACCCAUUUACUUCAUCACUUUCAUCUUUUUUGUGUUCUUUGUCUUGCUGAACAUGUUCUUGGCAAUUAUUAACGAUACCUAUUCUGAAGUGAAAGCUGAUUUUUCAAUAGGCAGAAGGCCAGAUUUUGACCUUGGUAAAAUGAUCAAAGAGACUUACAACAAAACUCUUGAAAAACUCAAGUUAAAGAAACCUGAAAAUAAAGAAAAAAGUAUGGAAACUGGUGAUUUGGCCAAAAAAGCCAGAAGAGAAGGCUUUGAUGAACAGGAGAUUCAAAGGGCAGAGCGGAUGAAAAAGUGGAAAGAGAAGCUUGAGAAAAAGUAUUACUCUGAAGUCACUGAAGAUGACUAUCAACCUGUCACUCAACAAGAAUUUCGAGAUGGCACCAUAACCAAGUACAAAAUGAGACUGAGUGCCUGA